UGUUCAUCCACACACUCCUCUGUUCAUCCACUCACUCCUCUGUUCAUCCACACAUCUCCUCUGUGUUCAUCUGCAGGUCUUGACUAUAUUCUCGGCCUCUAACUACUAUGAUGUGGGCAGUAACAGAGGAGCCUACAUCCGCCUGGGGCCCGACCUCGUCCCGCACUUCAAACAGUUCCAGGCCAGCAGAUCCACACGAGAGCUCACACUGCGGCAGAGUGUGGGAAGAACAGAACGUUCUGCAUUACAGGCUUUGAAGAUGCAACUGUUUGCACACAAAUCUGCCCUGAUCCGAGAGUUUCAGGAGUACGACCCAGAGCGCGCAGGGCUGGUCUCUCUGGAGCACUGGGCUGUGGUGGUGGAGAAGGUCCUGCAGCUCAGUUUGCCCUGGAGAGUUCUGCGCUCUCAGCUGGUGUCCAGCAGCACUCAGGAUGGGUUACUCCACUACCAGGACUGGGUCAACCAGCUGUCCGUCCUGCAACCCAACACUGAGAUCGCCAACACCAGUCUGCUGGAGACGCUCUACAAACACCACUCCAACCUGGAGAGCAUCUUCAGGAUGAUCGACACGGACCACUCAGGUCUGAUCUCCCUGGAGGAGUUCCAUCAGACGUGGAGGCUGCUGAGCGCUCACCUGCAGACGGACAUCAGCGACGCCGCCAUCGCAGAGCUGGCCCACAGCAUCGACUUCAACAAGGACGGCAGCAUCGACAUCAACGAGUUCAUGGAGGCCUUCAGGCUGGUGGAGCACUCUAGAGCUGAGAGGACAGCGGAGUGACACACACACACACACAGGCACGCACACACACACACACGCACACACAGACACACGCACACACACACACACACGCACGCACACACACACAGCUGGACUGAACACUACACAGAUGAUCUGUUCUACUUACACUCUAGCACAGAUGAGGUUUUCUGCAGUGCACACACACACACACACACACACAUUAAUCAAAGACGUGUGAAUGACAGAUGAGUUUUAUUAAAGUCAGUAAAACACUCCAGCUGAUCAACACCACUGUAAAAAUAAACAAUCCUGAUCAUUCA